AUGUCCCGCCCCGGCGAUUUCGAUAACCUCGCCGGCACCGAAGUUCGGCUUGACCACCCUUCCACCUUACCCGCUAAGACAUUUGUCCUCGAUGAAAAGCUACCAGAAGAGUAUCAGACAAUGACUCAGUUGGAAUGCGACCAAGGGUUGGGUCCGCCGUUUGCUGCUAUCAGAUUCUCUUGUCAUAAUCUUCUCAACCCUGCUUAG